CACACCCCAAAAUAAAUAUGCAAAAUAAUUCAUUUGGAUUCAUUUUGUUGCUUGACAGUUUUGCUAACGUGUCAUCUGUCAUCAUCAGCAGCUCUUGUUGCAUUUAACAAUAAUUAUGGUUGAUGCAAAUACUAAAAAAACUCUAAGUGGCAUUCCACUGUUAUCAGUGCGAGCUGGACCCAGAGACAAAGAUCUAUGGGUACAACGUCUCAAAGAAGAAUACAUGUCCCUAAUCAAGUAUGUACAAAACAAUAAAGAAUCCGGAACUGAUUGGUUUCGUUUGGAAUCAAAUAAAGAUGGUACAAAAUGGUUUGGCAAAUGCUGGUACAUGCACAACCUGUUGAAAUAUGAAUUUGACGUGGAAUUCGAUAUGCCCGUUACAUAUCCUGCAACUUCACCGGAGAUUGCUCUUCCCGAAUUGGAUGGCAAAACGGCGAAAAUGUACCGCGGUGGAAAGAUCUGCCUAACUGACCACUUCAAGCCAUUGUGGGCGAGAAAUGUACCCAAAUUCGGAAUAGCACAUGCGAUGGCCUUAGGGUUAGCACCAUGGCUCGCAGUUGAGGUUCCGGAUCUUAUAGAAAAAGGAAUAAUACAAUAUAAGGAAAAAACAACAGCCUAAUUUUAAUUUGAACAAAGUUAUUUUUCUGUGCUUCUAUUGUAAUUAGAAAUAUUUUAAUAAAUUUUAGCUAAUAGCUUUUUAAAGUGAUAACAAGAA